AUGAAGGCAGAAAAGAAGCCUCAGAGUUCUUCUAAGGAGCACCGUGGCAGAAGCAAAGAGCGGUCGGCUCCAGAUGGCAAGAAGGAGAAGGUGGAACGCAGCCAGAAAACGAGCAAAGAGAGGCAGGAUUCCGACCAGAGGAAAGCAAAACGGGAGACCAAGAGCACCUUGGCAGCAGACAACCAAGUCCACACUACCACCGUGGUGGAUGUGGAUGACGUAGUGUCCUUUGAGGAGGAAAUGGAGGUGAUGGCCCCGCUUGACAGUGAGAAGCAGGAGGAAGGUAUAAAGUCUCCCGGCCUAGGCAUUUGUGAGUGGAUUCUUGUCAUCCUCUCUCUCCUUUUCAUCAUAGUCACAUUCCCCAUUUCCAUCUGGUUCUGCAUGAAGAUUGUACAGGAGUAUGAAAGAGCUAUCUUGUUUCGGUUUGGACGCAUUCUUCAUGGAAGGCCCAGAGGGCCUGGCUUAUUCUUCCUCCUUCCCUGUUUGGACACCUACCACAAAAUAGACCUUCGUCUCAAAACCUUAGAGAUUCCCUUUUAUGAGGUCAUAACCAAGGACAUGGCGAGUCUAGAAAUAGAUACCGUCUGCUACUAUCGAAUGGAGAAUGCCACGUUGCUCGUGACCACCCUCGCCAACCUCUCUAAUGCCGUCCAGCUGCUAGUGCAGACCAUCACAAAGCGCUUGCUGGCACAUCGGUCUCUCACUGAUAUCCUGAUGGAAAGGAAGUGCAUCAGCCAAGAGAUCAAGGUGGCUGUGGAUGCUAUCACCUGUCAGUGGGGGAUCAAGGUGGAGCGGACAGAAAUUAAAGAUAUACGGUUGCCAGUUGGACUUCAGGAUUUGUUGGAUGCAGAAGCAGAAGCCCAGAGACAUGCUAAAGUGAGGGUGAUAGCUGCUGAAGGAGAAAAGGCAGCCUCAGAAUCCCUGAAGAUGGCAGCUGAGAUACUGUCCCACACACCAUCUGCCAUCCCGCUCCGUUAUCUUCACACAUUGCAAAACUUGUUUGCGGAGAAACCUUCCACCUGUAUCCUACCUUUACCCUUUGAUUUUCUGAAUCUUUCAUCUGCAGUAAACUUGAAAGCCCCAGGCUGCAAUCCCUCUUCAGUUGCUACCAACCACCCAGAAGUUCCAAAGGACAAGGAUUCCCCCAUGCUCUAG